AUGGACACCGAACUACGCCAAGACAAUGCCCGUCUAUCGGCCGAACUGUCGUACGCCCGCCGAUGUCUGCAACUGAUGGUCAACUAUCGCAGUUGUUUGUCGUCGAUGGCCACCGCUUGUAGAUGUCGGCCAAAUCGCUACCAGAAGUUUGUCUACAGAUUGCUUGAGAAAGAGUACAACAGUGUGUUCAGCGACGACAAUGUCGACGGCGAUAGCGAUUGCGAAUUGACGGCCAAUACUAAUGCCGUCAAAGAAGAAGAUCUAACGAUUGAUGAGAUGCCAGAGUUUGACGUUAAAUGUGAAGACUUUUACGAUAAUGAAGGCAAUGAAGAUGUUGUUGUCGACGACGACGGAGGCAUUGAUUUUGACGAUAUAAGUGAUUAUAAUGAAGACAACAAUACUGUCGAUUUGGGAUGUGAUGACAACAGUGAUGAUGAAGCAGAAGAAGACAAUAACGAAGAGAUAGAGAACAACAGUAUAUCAUUGAAUGAGAGAAUCGGUGUCAUUAAGAUGGAGAACGUCUUACUUGAGGCUAAUGUUACCGAAAGUGAGGACAGCGUUGAAUGUGUUGCCCAACGUAGACGAAGACAACAAUUGUAUAGAAGAACUGUUGUGUCCGGUCGCGAGGCUAACGAUAAUUUUGUGGAAGACAUUGAAAUCACUCCGACAUCAUUGAAAUGCCCGCAAACAGGUUGUCGUAUGACGUUUGCUACAACCAAUGCACUGGAAAGACAUCUUCGCGGACGACAUCCCAACGCCCGGCCAUAUGUGUGCGAUAAAUGUCGUAAAGACUUCAAACGAUCUGCUAAUUUAGAUCAACACCGACGCACUCAUAUGACACCCGAAGCCAGUCCCGAGUCGGCACUUGCGCUGAGAAGAUGUCGACUGCCCGACAACACUGGCUACAGAUGCGAUUGGCCCGACUGUACGCGUGUUGUCCACAAUAGUCUCCGAUUUAUUGCACACAUUUGGAAGCACAGGUCUAAAUACCCGUUUGCUUGCAAUGAAUGCGACAAAAUGUAUACACAAAAGGAAAGCCUAACUCGACAUCAAAAAGUGUGCCACAAGAGGACAGUCGACUUUGAGUUUGUUUGUCAAUUCAGAGAUUGUGACUUUCGGACGCCAUUUCGUUAUCUGUUGACCGCUCACUACGUACGACACGCUCGCCGACCGAAACAAUAUAAAUGCAAUGUCGGUGACUGUCAGAUGGCAUACAAUUCACACAAAAAUCUGGUUAAACAUCGACAACAAGAGCACGGAUUAGUACCAUUUUCGCAGUGUAGUCAACGGCGACCGAAAACGGCUAAAAUAUCUCGAUUUAUGUCACAAUUACCGAUUGAACAGUUAUAA